CGUUUGACGCAAGAUAGAACGAAUGGGAGAUUAGUGAGAGAUUGCUAUAUUGCCUGAGAAAAGUAGAUAAAUGAUUUAGUCACAUUCAACAGAUCAUUUGUUUCGGAUCGUUCUGUAAAAACCAAGAUAAAAUAAAUACGAAAAAAAUUAUAUUAAAUAAUUACAUCAAAUUGUGUAACAUUCUCAUAGUAAUACUUUAAUAUUAUUUCUUUCACACAUUGACGUUAUCUGUAUUAAAUUUAUUACUCGUGGUAAUAAGAUUUCAAAUUAUUAUUCAAACUUUUGUUAUUAAACGAUCAUGGAAGCAACGCAAACGGACUUAAUGGAAACAAAAGAAAUAAUAUUACGGGAAUUGGAACCAUUGUUAAGAUUAACUUUAGGUGAUAAAUUAAUUGUUGAAAAUUACACAACCACAUCUUUUUUACCGCCUGGAGAAAAUUAUGGGAGUACUAUUUUGGCUGUGGAUGCUGUCAUUAAAAAAGAAGGAGAAAUGAAAAAUGAGAAUUUGCAUAUGAUUGCGAAAAUGGCACCACCGACCGAAUUCCAAAGACGAAUUUUUAAAAGUUCUUACACAUUUAAAAAAGAAGCAUUUAUGUAUGAACGUUUAAUACCCUAUUAUAGAAAUUUGGAAAGGGACUUUGGUAUCGAUGAAAGUGAAUUAAUCGAUGUUAUUCCCAAAUUUUAUGCUUUACGUUUAUCCCUAGAUCCUAACAUUGACUUUGAUGACAACGCUGUUAUUUUGUUAGAGAAUCUUCAAACACGUGGUUAUUAUACUGGUAAAAGACAUAUAGGCGUCAAUCUAGAUCAUUCUAGACUAGCAAUUCGUGAAUUAGCUAGAUUCCAUGCCCUUGGUAUUGCAAUGAAACAUAACAAGCCUGAUGAAUAUGACAUAAUUAGAGAAGGUAGUAAAUGUCCUGAACUAGAAAAAGAUGGAUUUACCGAGUAUUACAUACCAAUAUUAAAACAAAUCGAAAAAAGUCCAAUUACUCGAGUUUAUUACGAUAGAUGUGCUGCAGUAUUAAAAUCUGAUAAAUUUUUCGAUUUAUGGUUGGCUGAACCAGAAGGCGUAUGGGCUACAAUAAUCCAUAAAGAUUUUUGGGUCAACAAUGUGAUGUUUCAUAGCGAUGAAAAUGGUCACGUGGACGACGUGAAAUUCAUCGAUUUUCAAAAUUACAUGUAUUCCAAUCCGAUCGGAGAAUUAUUGUUCUUUUUACAUUCAAGUACAGACGAAGAUGUUAGGGAACAUUAUCUCGACGAAUUAACCGAUUUAUAUUACGAUACUUUUAUUUCUGUAUUAGCUAAAAUGAACUGUGAUGUCGCACCAUACAAUCGUAAAAGUUUCGACGCGGGUUUUUUAGAUAUUUGUGAGGUAGAGUUUAUACACUUAUGUUUUAUGCUCAAAAUGUUAACUAUCGAUAUAAAUAAAACUAAUUUAAAUAGCUCUAAUAUCGAAAAGGUAAUGGCGAACUAUGAAGGUAAUGAAAUGUAUAUUAAAAGAUUAGAAAGUCUAGUAUCAUAUUUCGUAAAACGCGAUUGGAUUUAGUUGAAAUUUUAUUUGCUCUUUUUAAAUGUUGAUUGAUUCGAUUUUAAUCAUUUUUUUUACAUAUUUUAUUUCUUUUCCCUCCAUUCUUUUAAUCUUUUGUAUUAAAUUUUUAUUUUAUUUGUAUCAUUACUAACUGAAGGUAUUAUAGUUGAUUUAUAUACAUACAAAGUAUUAUUUAAAAUUUUAAUAAAAAGAUAUUUUUAAUAAUAUUUUACAAAUGUACAAUAAAUAAAAAUGUAGGCAG